UGGGCAUGGGGGCACAGACAUCAGAGCCCCCGCCCGACCAUGACCCAAAGCUGCAGACCCUCCGGUCCUAUCCUCACCUCCAUCCUGCUGACCAUGCUGCUGGGCGGUCCCACGCUGGCCUCUGAGAUUGUGGGUGGCCGGCAGGCCCGGCCCCAUGCAUGGCCUUUCAUGGUGUCUCUGCAGCGGCAAGGAGGCCACUUCUGUGGUGGCACCCUGGUGGCCCGGAACUUUGUCAUGUCGGCCGCACACUGUGUGAAUGGCAUUAACUUCCAGAGGGUACAGGCGGUGCUGGGGGCACACAACCUGGGGCAGCGCGAGCGCACCCGGCAGUCGUUUGCCAUCCAGCAAGUCUUUGAAAACGGCUUCGAUGCCGGGAGGCUGAUGAACGACAUCGUGAUUCUGAAGCUCAACGGGUCAGCCACUAUCAAUGCCAAUGUGCAGGUGGCCCGGCUGCCUGAGCAAAACCAAGGCGUGGGCAAUGGGGCACGGUGCCUGGCCAUGGGCUGGGGCCGGCUGGGCACCAACCAGCCACCGCCCAAAGUCCUGCAGGAGCUCAAUGUGACUGUGGUGACAUCCCUCUGCCGCCGCACAAAUGUGUGCACAAUGGUGCCACGCCGGCGGGCAGGCAUCUGCUUUGGGGACUCCGGUGGGCCCUUGGUCUGCAACGGGCUAAUCCACGGGAUUGACUCCUUCAUCCGGGGAGGCUGUGGCUCCGGCAUGUACCCAGACGCCUUUGCUCCCGUCGCGCAGUUUGCCAACUGGAUCAACUCCAUCAUUCGCAGCCAUGGUGACCAACCCCAUCUCCACCCUAGGGACCCUGCGAGCAGGGCCCACUAGAAGGGGCUGCCCUGUCACCCCACUUCACCUGUCCCUGGCUGGGCCUGACCCAUGCUGCAUUAUGCAGCAUCUGGGACAAUAAAAACCUUCUCUGUUUUGUA